UGAGAUGAAUAAGUUCAUAAGUAUAGUGUUGAUUGCGUUAGUGAGUGUUUAAGCAUUGGAUAUCGAUUUAACAUUGUUAUUAUAGGUAUGGAGAUUAUAGUAAUAAUGAAAGACAGGAUCUUAAUCAAAUGAUGCUGUUCAAGCAGUUUAUGAUUUAUUGAAUGAUUUAAAGACAAGCAAUAUAGAAGCAUAAGGAGUAGCAGAUGAAAAGAAUAUUUCAGAUGAAGAAAUAGGAUAAUCUAGAAUAGCAGCUUUGUCAAAAGUUAAUGAAUUAAACUAAAAAGCAUGGACAAGUGCAAAAGCAAGAAGAGAAUAAAUUGGUGUUGAAUAUAGAGUAUAUAAUAUUAAGAUAAUAAAAAGGAAGCAACAGAUUAUAUAGCUUGGGCAACAUAAAGAUUAGCUGAUAUUGAUAGAAGAGAAGUAGAAUUAGAAGAAUUAAGAUGUUUUUCAAAUGGAUUAUUUGUAAGAGCAAUCAAAUAACAUAAUGAUGCUUUAGGUGUUAUUAGAAUAUUGAAAAAUGAUUUAAGGUAUUAAAUUACUAUAAAUAAAAUAAGUGGUUAUUUAACAGGUGCUCCAUCUUCAAUGGUUGAACUUAAAGUUGAGAAUGUAGCUGAUAAACUUAAAUAAUAUAGUCAACUAUUUAAUUAAGAUGCAAUGAGCAAAUUUGCUUAAUUAGCAUCAGAAUAAGCAUCAGGAAAUGCUGAAUUACAUGCUUUAGGAGAGAAUGAAAGUACUACAGGAACAGAUAGAUAACCAGGACUUAAUGUUGGUUAAUUGGUUUACAAUGCUCUAAGUGAUUUAGAAGAUUAACUUAAAUCAGCCUUAGCUGCACUUGAAUAAAAUGAAAUUGCAGGAUACUAUUAGUUAGCUGAUUGGUUAGCUGAUUCAGAAGCUGAAAAAGCUCAUUUAUAAGAUGAAAUCUAAAGAAAAACUUAACUCUAAGAUAAAUUAGUUGUGGUAUUUAUUCUUUAUUAUUUAAAUCUAUCAGUAAGAAUAAGCUGCUCUUGCUGUCUAAGCUAAGGCUAAUUCAGUACUUAAAGAUUCAUAAAAUGCUAUUAAUGCUGCCACUGCUAGUCUAUAAGAAUUGAGAGAUCUUUAUGAAACUGAAUUAAAUAGAAGAAAUGGUAAUUCUCUUAUAUUUUAUUAUUAUAGAGGAAAAUGCCAUCAUUGACGAAGUUAUUCAUAUUUUCAAAUAACAAGUCUUAGAAAUGGCUAAUCAAACCUCUUAUGGAAAGAAAUGAAAUAUUAAUAUUAUCAAUUUAAACUCAAU